AUGCCGAUAUCAACAGACAACCUGAGAGGGGGUCCCACUGCCGUGCCAGAUGGGCGCGUCAGUUACACAGUAUCCGCAGACGAACUUCUUGCAAUUGAACUGUUUGCUAAUACACUCCUGGCUCGAAUACAUUUUAUCUUCUUUCUCGCUGCGUUACCCGACACGCCACAUAACAAGCGGAAUGCUCUCCUUGAAGAAGCGGACGCCGCACUUCACGAGGCUGAAGAACUUUGCAUGUCUGGGACCUAUCCUAUACGGUAUGAGCUCAAAGCGAAAUACUGGUAUGUUAGAGGGUUUGGAGCAGACACAAAUCGCGACCGUCGCAAUGCCGUCGAGUCAUACAGGAAAGCCAUAGAGAUGGACAGCGAGUAUGAAGCAUACGAAGGAGUUAGGAGAACUCUCUAUGCUCAAGAAGAAGACGAAGAAGAAGACGAAGAUGAUGAAGAUGAAGACGAUGGAACUCGCCCCCGCAGUAUACUGUUCCGCAGUCUACUUCGAAGCACGAGAGAAGAAGUUGACGAUGGUGAUGACGAAGUCUCACGAACUGUCAAGGAAGUGGCUCUCAGACCCUCAAGAAAACGUAGCUCAUUCUCGUCUCAACCACCGCCUCCGGUCCUAGUCCAGACGAAGCCUCCACAUCCAAGUUACGGAAGAGAACAUGCCCAGGCACAGUCAGUCUCGAAGCCAAAACACGAACCUCCGGUGGAUCUACAAGGGCCCUUGCAAGUAGUAGAGUCCCAAUUGACUUCAUUUACAGAGCAGGAAGCACUACUGUCGGAUACGCCCAGCAUCUCAAAAUCUCAGGUCGAUGAGGCACUGAUCUCGAACGCCACAUCGCAAGAUCAUCCAUCUACUUCAAAGCCAACCUUGCGUAUCCAGUCUGGUAGACGACUCUCGCUGACUGGUUCCGAUUCAAUGCCUUCUUCACCGAGUAUCCCGAGCCCUUUGAGAACAACCUCGUUCCCGAGCGAUUUCGUGAAUGAUGCUGACUAA